AUGGGCGGGACAUUGGUUGUUCUUCCCACAACUGGCCCUUUAUAUACCCCCGACGACCAAGGACCCAAGAGAUUUGCUCUGUUACUGCUCUGUUGUAUGGGAAACUUGCUGUUCUCCCAUACGUUACGCAUCCCUCGGCCAGAUGCAAAGGAUCAACAAAAAAUAAUCAAGGAAUUACAACAGUUAUCUAAGGAACUUUUGGAGCUAUAUCAGAAAUCAGAGAAAGGACUGCCGGAAAGCACCAAGUACACACUGCCUUGUUUGACCUCUGACCCCCACCCACCAAACAACAUCAACAGCUCAGCCAUCCUGGCAUACUUCCAGGAGAUCAGACGGCAUAUAGAUAACAAAGGUGUUACUGAUGAAAUCAUAGGACAGCUGAAGAAACUGAAAUCUCAAGACACAUGGAAAAUAAAGGUUUCUGUGCCCACAGAGUCCUUUGAAUGUAAAUGCUUCGUCUUGACUAUUUUACAACAGUUUUCAAAGUGCAUGGACCAAGUCAAUGAACCCCAAAGACCAAAAGGCCAGUUACGGCCAUCUGGGGAACCUGUUACUUUUGGAAUGACAGAAACUUACAGAAUCACAAAAAAAUGA